AUGUCUGACGACGGAGCCCCUCCGGAGCCCGUGCUUGAAGUUCCUCCUCCAACAGAAAUUAAAAUCCUCGAGACCGCUGAAGAUAUCCAGCAUCGACGUCAAGAAGUCCUUGGCCACUAUUCACAAUUCAAAGAGCAUGCCAAGAAUAAGAGGGAUCGUUUAGAGGAAGCCCGUCAGUACCAGUAUUUCAAACGCGAUGCUGAUGAACUUGAGAUUUGGAUUCUCGAAAAACUGCAGACCGCCCAAGAAGAGUCAUUCAAGGAUCCGACGAACCUUCAGGUAGGAUGA